AUGCGUACCACCAGCACUGGCUUGGCCGUUCUUGGCCUGGGCUGUGUCCUUACCAAUGCCUUCCCUCAGAAAUUCGAAGCAAGCACCGUAAUAAGUACGGUAACGGUUUGUGGCGGUAACUGCACAAGCGCGAGCACGAAGACGCUGACAGUAUAUGCUGGAUGCUCUGAGACGCAUUCGACGUUUCCUGCGUAUCCUACUUCUACCUUCGGAACAUCACCUAUAACUCCUUCAUCUGUCGAGUCUUAUAGUGUCUCGACCAACACUAUCGUAACUAUUAUAUCAAGCACCACCGUUACGACCAGCGAGACAUUGACCUAUAGCGCAACGACAAUUCUUACUCAAAGUUCACCGUCCAGUAUCCCAUACAUCUCUCCAAGUUCGACGUAUACUGAGACCGUUCCCGACACUACCUUUACGCACUCGUCUCCACCUCAUAGUACUACUGUGUCAAGUAUAGGCUCGUCGAUAAUUGUCCCACCAGACACCACAUGUACCGAUGAGUACCCGACAGGGUCUGGUUCAUCAACCGCAAGUAUUUCUAUACCAACCAGCCCCGGCUCAACUAUUACCUAUUCAUCGGAGUCAACAACGCUGUCUGGUACAUCAGCAACGUUCCCAACCACUGGCCCAUGGUCAACUGGAAAUCUAUCCAUCACAUCAUAUCCGGUUAGCAGUUGGUCCUCUUCACCGGGUUCGAUAUCUACUUCCACACUUAUUGUCCCAAUCAUCUCAAGCACAUACAGCGUUUCUAUCCCGCAUUCUUCCAGCGGGGCGACGUCAAGUAUUUAUACAAACUCGACUAGCUCUAACUCCUGGACUUGGUCCCACACCUACACAAGCUCGCCAUCUCCGACAUGGAGCACUGGGACUGGGGGCUAUCCCACGUCAUCGUUCUCGGUUCCUAAGGGGUCACCAAGUACAGGGUCCAUUGGCACUGGAAUAACUAGCCCAAGUACAUAUAGCUACUCUAGUUUUACUGAUACAAAGACCUCCCCAUCAAUUGUACCUAGCACCAGCAAUUCGUUCUCAUGGAGUACCACCGUCACCAUAGGCACGUCAAGUACUCCAGAGUUCAGCACGCCAAUUGCUAGCUACGGAACGUCCUCAUCAUGGAGUCAUAGCGGAUCUAUUCCUUAUACCAGCGGUAUUUCGUCGACUUCUCCAGUAACAGGCACUUCACCGGUCUCAUCGGGCACUGGGUCCUAUCCGGUAUCUCCCCCUGGAAGUAGCACAAGCACUUUCAGCACAUCAAGUCCUGGAUAUCCCGGAUCAUUUACCGGAACGACUCACUCUGAGACAUCUACAUCACCUAUUCCCACGCCAAGCAGUCCUGGAUCCACAACAUGUAUCCAGCAGCCAACUUACGGAGGUGGCUUUACUUCUAUCUGCUACACCAUCCCCGUGCUGCCAUCGACUUCGACUCACAGCAUUGGCUCAAUUAGUAGCACCUACUCAAAACCUGGAUCCUCAACAGGCGGAUAUCCUACAACCUUGCCGUUUACCUUCACCAGCACAUCAACUCUAACCCCCUUAGUGCCUUCAAGCCCAACCUACUCGACAGGAAGCACAGGCGCCGAAACUGGCAGCACAUCAUUCUCGGUGACUGGAUAUCCAACCAUACCACCUCCAGAGCUCAGCACUUCAACAUUAACCCACCCACACCCAUCAAGUUCAGUGCACACUAGCAGCAGCACGCUCUCAUCAUCAAAAGGAAGCACUGAGACACACCCCACGCCAACCCCAACCCCUGACUACCCGACCAGCGCGCCAAUUCCUAGCAUUGGCACGUCGCCAAUAGUCUCAACCUAUACAUACUCAACAGGCAGCACCGAGGCCGUGACCGCGACUACGCUAUCAACUCCUCUACCCGCGAGUACGUGUGUUUCUGGGGGCUACGGUGGAAGUGAGAUUUGCUUCCCGCUUGGAACUACGGAGACUGGUGUUGUGGGUGGAACAUCAUCAACUGGUGUAGUAACGGGAACGGUUUCUUAUCCCGCGUCACCACCACCGCCGGUUCCUACGACGCUGGUUACUUACCCGCAAUCCGUGGCGUCGGAUGGGGCGUAUGUCUACGCUACUACGGCGCAUACCGUGGGUGAUGGACAUGUUGAGCGUGUGCGACGGAGUUGGCGUGUAGUUUGAUGAGAUGAGAUGAAUUGGAUUGGGCUGUUCUACUCUCUCUUCGCUGCUCUGCAUCGCGUAUUGGACUAAUCGCUAAGUACCCGGAAAGGAGGAGAGGGGGCAUUGGAGAAAAAAAAAAUCUGAGAGCGGAGAUGGACGUACAAAGAAAGGGUCGGAAGGGAUCGGAUCGGAUGAAUACUUUUUCUUCUAUUCUUGUCGCUCGUUCUCUACAAUUACCUUUUCUUUGCGAGAUUUUUCGCUUCUUCCCCAAGGAAAUAGGAGGGAAUUCUUAUUUUUAUGUGGGGAUAGGAUAGAUAAUGAUGAAAUGUAUUUGUCUUAUUAUUCGCACUACUUACGAAUAAUUGAUGGUAUUUUCAUGCCUGGCCGUGUAAUCUGGGGGUUAUGUCUAUCUGUGCCUACC